CACUCGGUCCGGGUGAUAUAUAUACCGUACGUCGUCUCGACUCCAAUGUUCAAGCUUUGCUCCCCCCAUUUUCCCUCUCCUGUUCCAUUCCAUCCGAAAAGCUGCUCCUCCUCUGCUCUCUCUCCCUCUCACUCAACAGAGAAGAUAGCAGCAUUGAAAACCUAGAAUCAUGGCGUGAUCGGCCUCGUUCUUCGUCUUCGCUGAAGCUUUACGUGCAGACCACGCUUCGCACUGGCAAUGGCGAUAUGCAGCAGACGCAUGGAAGGCACCGGAGGUUGAUCCUGUGCUCGCUCUCACAUGGAUCAGGAAGAACGGGAAUUUAAUCUGGCAGAGCUCCUCAAAUCGCUUCCGAGAUUCCACCAUUCCUUCUCAGAAGAACAGGAAGAGACUGCUUCACCUCGCCGUCAGCUUGAUAACGUGCUCGAGUCGAUCAUAACAGAUGAUAGGACACAGUUCAUAAGGCAUUUGGAACUCCUCUUCCGAUGCCAAACCUCUCCAAACAACGACGCCAGAGCGAUGGAGACGCAGUGCCGGAGUUCCUCACCGGACCGGAAGACGGUACUAGACCUUCUGCAUUCCUGCUGUGAGUUUGAUUCCGUGGAAUGUGCGGCAGCUUUGCUCAACGGCGAGGUCGGUGUGGUCCCCCUUGUGAACGGGACGGACUCUAGAGGGCGGACCCCGCUCCACACAGCGGCUGAAGCGCACGCGCCGCGUUGCGUGGAGUUGCUUCUGAAGAAACAUGCGCGUACGGACCUGAGGAUCAAAGAUGGAAGGAGACUAUUGGCUCUGGACCUGUCUCUCUGUAGCUCAAGGAUGGACGUUGUUUGGAACCCUGAAGAAUACUCUGUUGAAGACCUGGUUGUUUGUCUUGGACAAAAGGAUUUGACCGUGGUGAGGCUCCUCAGUGAAAAAACUAAGGAGAUAGCUGAUGUAGCAUAUGCACAAGGCAUGGAGGGCCGAGUAGUGUCCUUCGCUACUUUGCUAAUGGUAGCGCCAGAGAAGAUCAAAGGGUCAAUUAUGGCCUUGCGCGAUGCUGACUCAGGCUGCAAGGAAAAAACGACCAUAUACAAGAGCCUUAUCCGGGAGGCCUUGGCCUUGGGACGGGAAGAAACCGGUCCGGUAAGGGUUGCUAAAAGGACCUGCCCCCUUACCAAGGCCGAGUGCAAUGAGAAACGAAAGUUAUUGCUUUGCGAGAUUGAAUUACUUCAACUAUCAGGAGUUGUGUCUCCAUAUGGCUGCAUGGACAGAAAGGUUAUUUCACCAUUGAUACUUGCAAUCCAGGCUGGAGAUGAAACAAUCAUCCAGCUGCUUCUGAAAACCAACUUUGAGAUUAAUGAUGCUGAUGCAGAGGGGAAUUCUGCUCUUCACUGGUGUGUGAAAACUUCCAAGAUCUCAAGCCAGCAGCAGAUGAAAAUUCUGCACCUUCUAAGGAAGAGUGGUGCUCAGGUGAGUCAGAAAAACAAGUUGGGCUUAACGGCAGUUCACCUUGCUGCUGCACAAGGCAAUUUAGAAGCACUUGAGGUCCUUAUACACGAAGAUCUAGAUAGCAUUAACUCUAAAACUGAAACAGGGGAAACCCCGCUGUUCUUUGCAGUUAAGAAUGACAGGAUGGAAUGUGCAGAUCUACUAUUGCGUCAUGGAGCAAUCACUGAAGUUCUUAACUUGCGUAGACAGAGACCUAUAGACAUGGCAAAGUCACAAGAUAUGCGCUUCAUGCUAAACUCAUCCAACAUCAUCCUCAUGAAUCGUGCUCCACCCAUUCCACAGAGAUGUAUCACUUUGUCAGAGGGUGAUGACAGUUUGCCUGAGUUGAAAGGAGAAUUUAAUCUAAUGGAUGAAGACACACCGACUGAGAGGGGGAGUACGCGCCAUUUUGCAAACCAUGAAGAGGAACUUCAGCCGAUACAACAAGGACAGUCCAUAACUCCACCGGAACAGAAACGGAAAAUAUUUGUCGGGGGCCUCCCUCCUACACUUGACUCGGACUCAUUGGGCAGGAUUUUUGAAGAGCAUUUCGGACCAGUAGAGGACGCCAUAGUUAUUGGAUAUCUGACAGAAAAUCAAGUGCAUUCUCGAGGAUUUGGUUUGGUCGUCUUUAAACAUGAGAAAUCUGUUUCAGCUGCUCUUCAAGUUCGUUACAUAACCAUCUGUGGAAAGCAAGUUGAGAUCAAGAGAGCUGUCCAAUACCCAAGAUGUCCCUUACCACCGCUAGAUUUAAUGAAAAAUAUUCAGAACGACGAGCAAGAAUUGAAUGACAAGACUCAGCGUCAAGCACCUGCAUCUGAUGGGAUGAAGGUGGACAAACCUAAGUCAGAGCAAAUGUCUUGGGUUGAUAGAUUACUCAGGGGCCAGCCCAAGGUAUAUACCUCUGACUCCCACCCUCCUACCACCACCUGCUCCAAGGAUAAGAGCACGCCUUCAUGGCUCAGGAUAUUCAGGAAGUGGCUGCCUCGCCUUUUACAAGAUUUAUCAAGGAAGGGAAGCGAAGAACACUAUCCUCUCUCCUCUCUGAAAGGAGAUUUCAGGGCUAAAUUUGGCAUGGAGCUGGAUCAUGCCUCUCUCGGUUUCCUGAAGCUCAGUGAGUUCAUGAGGUCUUUUCCAGAACUUUGCCAACUGAAGGUGGUCCCUGUCGGCAGUCCUGGACCUUCCAAUCACAUGGUUCUCGUGCCUAACCUCCAUAAACCUCUCCAGCCACCCAAAGUGUCCAGUACUCCCUCUGCUGCCAAUUCUAUUGAUCGAAGCAGCCAGGGAUUCUCCUCUGAACUAGAGAGCCCCGUGACCUGCAUCGCUGAAGAUAAUAACAUGCAGGACCUAGUCACUGGAAAUUCAAUCGAGAAGCAUAUAUCAAAUGAUAUAAACUCAAAAGUUCUAAAAUGCAAGCCUUAUGAGCUAUUCUGUCCACAAACCACAAGGGUCACAGAUGAUGAAAGAGGAGCAUCAGAAGGAAGGCUACUGCUACGCCUUCAAAAGCACCUGGUCCUGGAGGCCCUUUCAAGAAGAAGGGACAGUCCAUACUCGUUUUUCCUACGGGAUAUCAGUUUCUAUAUGGAUUAUAAGAGCAGCGUCCUGAGGGGCUGCUGCUUUGCUUGCAAAACACGUAAGAUGAUCUGGGCCAACUUCCCAUGCCAGCACUUACUGUGGUGCAAUGACUGCAAACUGGAAGCUGUGAAGGCAGCUGGUGACUCUCAGCACAAAUGUGUAAUAUGCGACAGGAAGGUACAGAGAAUUGAUCCGAUCCCGUCGGCCGAGAACUCUCGGCCUUCAUGCAGAGAUCUUCUCAACACGGUGACUUCCAGUUUCUAAUGCAUAUUGAAAUAACCCAACUCCAAUCAUGGUAAAAUGAAAGCUCUCCGGUGGCAAUAGCCGAACAGAUGGACACUGAAGAGAGACAAUCACAGAGACAGUAAAUACGCAUACACAAACGGGCACAGAGAUCUGUUCCCGAAGACUAAAUGAUCAUCCUCUACUGGUCCAUUUGAUCACAUGGAGCUGUCUUAGUGUGCUUGAACCCACUGCACAGGCAGUGUACAGAUAGUAUAACCCACAACGGUGUCAGAUGAUCAGGCCCCAAAC